AUGAGUAAUAAUGGAUCUGUUAACAUCGGUAACAACUAUUCUGAAAAAAUAUAUGCGGAUGCAUGUCAACAUGUCAUUAACAUUAGCAGAAGGAAUGACAAACCUACAGGCUAUAAGCAAUAUAUUCAUACACUUCCAAAAGGCAAUUGGAACUCGGGAUCUUAUUACCUAGGUGGCAUUCAUCACAAUGGAACUAUACAAUAUGGGUUUAAAUAUAUCAGGUCUUGCCAUACUAACGUUGUGGUUUACUAUUGGAGCCAUGAUGAGGAUAAUUUCUGUCCCUUACUCAUUAGAGUAAGAAAAACAUGGCUCUCUUGGAAUAGUGAUUAUUACUAUGAGUAUUACAUUCCUACGGGUAUAGGUUCUAACAAGUGGAAAAGACUUGAUCAAGGUAACAAUGUUUAUAGCAGACUUACAAAUAUUAUCAACAAUGGUUUUAGAAAUAUAGUUGCUCUCAAGUUAGAUGCACCAACCAAUGAAAGCUACUAUGCCAAUGGAGAUCCAAACCAAGCUCCAGAUAUAAAUUCAGAUGUUAAGAUACAGGUUUCAGGACCAGGAGUUGUACAUACAGAUUACAACAAAUACACUCACCGUUUAGAAAAGGGUGGACUCAUGAACAUUUUAUGCACAAAACAUCAGGGAAAACAUAAAUCAUUCAAACAAUCUGUACUAGGUACUACGUAUGAUAGUGCCUCAGUAUUCUACUCAAAGAAUGAUACUGGACGUAAAAAGCCUCUCAUUCUUCAGCUCGGCUACAGUGACUUUUAUAGAUUAGAUGGUGAAAAGUGGGUUAAAGAUACUGGUAUAAAAUCUAGUGAACUGAAAACUGCACUGGAAAAAGAAAAUGGAGCACAUAUAAUUAAUAUUUCCGAAGGGGGACAAUACUCAUGUAGUUCCCUUAACUGUAGGCAAGAAAUUCAGGUAACACCUAGUCAAGAGGGUAGUCACCAUUACAUUAGGAAAAGGCAUCAUCUUCAGAAUGUCUCAUUUUCUGUUUCCUCGUUUGUUGGAUCCAGUAAAAAGUCUCAAACAGGUCUUUCUUCUCCAACUGAUAUAAAUGAGGUAAACGUCUUCUGGCAUCCUCUGAACGAUGGUAAGCCGCUGCUCAUUCAAUUCUCAGCUAAAUGGUACAAAAAAACAAAGGAAGAUAAUGAAUGGGAGGAAGUAAAGGAAGGUACUGAUAAGCCAAAAAACUAUACUGAUACUGGUAACAAGGAAAAGAUUAAGAAGCUUCUCCAGAAAAUUGAUCAAGAGAUUAAACAACUCGGACUAGAAUCACGUUCUGAAGGAGCUGGAGAACAAGACCAAGCUGAAGAAUCCGAUGAUGAAGUUUCUGAUCAAUCAAUCCUUCCUACUAUAUUAUGGAGUACCUUCGGAAGUGGACUAGGUGGAUCUGCCAUCGGUGUUACUAUCUGGAAAUGGCCUACUAUAAUGUCAUUUCUAAUCACUCGUGUGUAG